AUGAAAGCACUCAUUCUUGUCGGCGGCUAUGGAACACGUUUACGUCCUUUGACACUUACAAAACCAAAACCAUUGGUAGAAUUUUGUAAUAAGCCAAUGGUUCUCCAUCAAAUUGAAGCAUUAGCUGAAGUUGGUGUCACACAUGUUAUUUUAGCUGUUAGUUACUUAUCUGAUAUGCUACAACGUGAAAUGGAAGUUGAAGCUAAACGAUUGGGUAUUAAAAUAACAAUUUCGCAAGAAACUGAACCUUUAGGAACAGCUGGUCCAUUGGCAUUAGCACGUGAUCACCUUCAAGUAGAAAAUGAGCCAUUUUUUGUGCUCAAUUCAGAUGUGAUAUGUGAAUUCCCAUUUAAUGAUAUGAUUAAGUUUCAUAAAGAACAUAAUUGUGAAGGAACUAUUGUGGUUACAAAAGUUGAUGAACCAUCGAAAUAUGGUGUUGUUGUCUAUGAACAAAAUACUGGUAAAAUUGAUCGAUUUGUUGAAAAACCACGUGAAUAUGUUUCGAAUAAAAUUAAUGCUGGUCUUUACAUAUUCAAUCCAGCAAUACUCAAUAGAAUUGAAUUACGACCAACAUCAAUUGAAAAAGAAAUUUUUCCUGCUAUGGCUAGUGAUAAACAAUUAUAUGCAUUUGAGCUUAAAGGUUUUUGGAUGGAUGUUGGUCAACCAAAAGAUUAUUUAACUGGAAUGGGUUUAUAUCUUAACUAUGCUCGAUCUUCUAUGCCAGAUCGAUUAUCGCGCGAUAAUGGUACAGUAGGCAAUGUUUUAGUGGAUCCUACAGCUAAAAUUGGUGAACGAUGUCGUAUAGGCCCAAAUGUCGUUAUCGGCCCACGAGUUAUUAUACAAGAUGGAGUAUGUUUAAAAAACUGUACAAUACUUGCCGAUUCACUGGUUAAAAGUCAUUCAUGGAUUGCAAAUUGUAUUAUUGGUUGGAGAUGCAAUAUAGGUCAAUGGGUUCGUAUGGAAAAUACAAGUGUACUUGGACUUGAUGUAUCUGUGCAAGAUGAAUUAUUUAUCAAUGGAGGUAUUAUAUUACCGCAUAAAGCUAUUAGUGAAAGUGUUUCAGAACCGAAGAUUUUGAUUUAA